AUGUCAGGAUGUGAUCUCAAAUCUGACGCGACAGCAGCCGGCGACAGCUUCUUCAACAGAGAAGGAAAGGGAUUCCCCACAGCAGGACCCUCUCCCGAGCUAUCGGCGUCAUGGCCGAGCUUUCUCUUCUGGUCCUGGAUCGCUCCGUUCAUGCACUAUGGCUACCGCAAAGUCGUUCAGGAAGACGACCUGUACGAGCUAAACCCGGUGGAGUCGACGCAGCAGAGCGUGGAUUGCUGGCACCGAGCAUGGCGCACAGAGCUCCUCCUCGAGCAGGCGCACGCGGAACAGACGCGCCUGUCUCAGGGGGGUGAUAAGGGGCGGAAGCGGGGGAGGCGGCGGGUGGGGCGAGUGUGGCGGGUGCUGGGUCGUGCGUUCGGGCCGUACUACUUCGUGGCGGCCGUGUGGAAGCCCAUUUGGCUCGCCGCCGUCUGCACCCAGGUGUACGUGCUAAAGCAGCUGGUCGCAGCAGCAGCAGCGCCAGAGCCGCCAGCAGCGUGGAGGGCGGCAUUGCUGGUGGUGGGCAUGGCGGUGACGUCUGUGCUGCAGAGCGUGUGCAUGCACCACUGCUUCACGCGCUCCCAGAAGGCUGGCAUGCGCGUUCGUGCGUGCGUGUGCACUGUGGUAUACCACAAGGCAUUGGGAAUGAAGCAGGUGGCUCUGGGGGAGGCGACAUCUGGGCGCAUGCUCAACCUCAUCACCAACGACACUCAGAAGCUCCUCGACGCCAUCACGUAUUUCCACUAUGUGUGGCUGGCAGUGUUGGACCUCACAGUCAUCUGUGCGUUGGUUAUCGUGGAGGCAGGAGUGGCAGCGCUGGGGGGCGUGGCAGUCGUCUUCCUCAUCCAACCGCUCAUUGUGUGGAUGGCAAAGAGGGUAGCUGCAUUGCGCCCCAAGGCGCUCAAGUUCACGGAUGCGCGUGUGCGGCUGCUGGGGGAGGUGUUAUCUGGCAUGCGCGUGGUCAAGGUCAACGGCUGGACUGCUGCCUUUCUGGAUCGCAUUCGCGCACUACGAGACAACGAGCUACAGUGGCUGCGCCGGGCGGCGUACGUGCGAUCAGUCAACUCCACACUCAAGGAUUCCGUCACGCCCCUGGCAUCGCUCGCCACAUUCGGCAUUUAUGUCGCCAUAAACGGCGACCUGCCGCCCCAGACGGCAUUCGCAGUGCUGGCGCUGUUCAGCAUCAUGGUGCGCAUCUUCUUCAUCGCCCCCACUGGCCUCCAGUUCGCUGGGGAGGCCGUCGUCGCCGUUGACCGCCUCGAGAAGUUCCUCGCGCUGCCCGACGGGCAGGGCGGCUGCUCGGAAGAGAAGCGGGCGGAGCUGAAAGAAGAGGCGGAGAGCAAGGGCGUGGUUGUGGCGCUCCAAGACGCCUCAUUUUCCUGGCAGCUUCCUUCCACCACUGCCCAGCGACUACCUUCCAGCACAGAGCAGCAGCAGGAAGCCGAGGGAGGCAAGGGGCAAGGCGCCAGAGGGCUGUGGAGGAGACAGCUUGGCGCUCACAAAGCGCAGGAGAAGAGGAACGGAAGGAGAACUGUUGGUGUUGUUCAGCCCGAUUGCGCGCAGGGAGAGGGCAAGGAAGAUGAUGGCGAAGUGGGUGAAAGGGACGGCUCAAAAGAGGGUAGGCAUAGUGGACUGGAAAGAGGGCAACGGCUGGAGGGAGAGGGGGGUGGUUCCUCUCUUGCUGAGGCUGCUGCUUCUGCCGAUGCUGUUGGUACCACAGCAGAUGCUGCUGCUACUGCAGGAGCAGGGUUCCACCUGGAACGAGUGACCCUGCGAGUGGAGAGAGGAGCAGUUGUAGCAGUCACAGGGGCAGUGGGCAGCGGCAAGUCCUCUCUCCUGCAGGCAAUACUAGAGGAGAUGCAGUAUGUGGGUGGUGCCAUGUAUGUGAGCAGUCUAGGAAACGUGGCGUAUGCCGCGCAGCAGCCGUGGAUCCUGAAUGCUACGGUCAUGGAGAACAUUCUUUUCGGGCAGCCCUACGAUGCAGGCAGGUACCAGGAGGUGGUGCGUGCGUGUGCGCUUGACCGUGACAUCGCUGCCCUGGCCGCCGGGCACCAGACGGAAAUUGGAGAGAGGGGCAUCAACCUGAGUGGCGGCCAGAAGGCAAGGAUAUCCCUCGCCAGAGCCUGCUACAGCAGCGCUCCCCUUGUUCUCCUAGACGACCCUCUAGCUGCUGUGGACGUGCCUACAGCGAAGCACCUUAUAGAGAACGUGCUUCAAGGAGGGAUCAUGCAACGUGGUAACCGCACGGUCGUGCUCGUAACGCACAACCGGCGGUCGCUGGACGCGUGCUCUCAGGUGCUGUUGAUGACGCAUGGACGGCUGGGAUUGGCCGGGAGUGCGGAGGAAUUAGCAGAGGUGGGGGCGAUUAGCGGGAGGGAGAUGAAGAGAGUGAGGAGCGUUGAAGCCAUGGCGGCUGCUGCUGCUGCUGCGGUGGAAGCGGUGCCCUCGGCAAGAUAUGAGGGGUGGGGAGGGUGGGAGAGUGGGGAGGGGGAGGGGCUGGGAGGUUUGGAUGAGAAAACCGUGGUGGAAGAUCGAGUUGGGGAAGGGAAAGAAGGAGGGGAGGUGUUGGGGGAAGUGGGGCCCAGGGAGGUGGUUCAAGGGGGAGGGGAGAAUGGAGGGGGGGAUGGAGCAGGAGGUGCAGGCGAGGGCAGGGAGGGCGGGGCACGUGAAGGGCAAGAGGCAGAGGUGGUGGAUGCGAGGCGGGGAGAGGAGGCGGAGACGCGAGGAGAGGAAGCGGUGGUGCAGGAUGGUGUCCUGAGGGAAGUGGAGAAUGCAGAGAAUGGGGUGGCUCGUGGGGUGGCUGCUGGAGUGGCUGCUGGAGUGGCUGAUGGGGUGGCUCGUGGGGAGAAUGGUGUGGCUAACGGGCCGUGUGAGGGAGAGAACGGGGCAGUACCUGGGGAGGGGGAUGGGAAGGAGCAGUCAGUGAAGCUGACAGAGGGACAGAGGGAGAAGCGGGCGCAGUGGGGGCAGCGGAGCAUGGGGCGUGUGACUAUAAAGGAGGACAGAGUGGAGGGGCAGGUCACUCGCGCCACCUACUGUGCUUACAUCAAAGCCGGGGGAGGCUUCCUGCUCUUCGCCGGGCUGCUGUUGGCCUUCAUGGUGGCACAGACUGUGCGCACACUCGUGGACUACUGGCUGGGCGUCUGGGUCGACCACAAGUACUCCCUCUCCUCAGGCCUGUACGUGGGCAUAUACGCGGUGCUGACAGCGGGUGCCAUUGUGCUGUCCCUCCUGCGGGCCUUCUGGUUCACCCAUGCCGCCCUCGCUGCAGCGCGCCACAUGCACCACCUCAUGGCCGUGCACGUGCUGCGCUCUCCACUACUGUUCUUUGACCAGAACCCAGUGGGUCGAAUCCUCAAUCGAUUCAGCAAGGACCAGUCACUAGUGGAUGACCUCCUCCCAACCACCGUACAGCAAACCAUGGAGCUCUUCCUGGGGUGUGCGGGAGCCAUAGCCGUCACGGCAGUGCUGGUGCCCUGGUUCCUCCUAGCACUGCCGCCGCUGCUACUGGUCUUCUCGCUGCUGCAGCGCCGCUAUCUGCGGGUCUCCCGCGAGCUCAAGCGCAUCGACGGCCUCUCGCGCUCGCCCAUUUACGCUCACUUCGCUCAGAGCCUGCAGGGAGUGGUGUCGGUGCGGGCAUAUGGAGCUGCGCCCGCCUUCCUCCAUCACUUCAUCGCGCUUAUCGACACCAACCACCGCGCCUACAUACAGUUCGUGCACGCCGGCCGGUGGCUCGGGAUCCGCCUGGACCUGUGCGCCUCUGCGCUCGUGACACUUGUCGCCAUCCUAGUGGUCGUGCUGCACGGCUCUCUGCCAGCAGGGUAUGCUGGGGUGAUUCUCGUCCAGAGCCUGCAGCUGACAGGCCUCUUCCAGUACGCCAUACGGCAGGCAGCAGAGAGUGAGAACUACUUCACCUCUGUGGAGCGCAUCCACGCCUUCAUGCAGCUGCCCUCCGAGGCCAAUCACCUCUCGCCACCUGGCACGCUGCCGCCCGCCUGGCCGGACAAGGGGCGAGUGGAGUUCUGCCACGUGUACAUGGCGUAUCGGGAGGACCUGCCGUACGCACUGAAUGACCUCACCUUCACGGUUGCGGGCGGCGAGAUGGUCGGCAUCCUGGGGCGAACGGGGUCGGGCAAGUCCAGCCUGGCAGCGGUGCUUUUCCGAUUGGUGGAGAACAGCCGCAGCCGCGGCCACGUCAGCAUAGACGGCCUGAAUCUCACAGGCGUGGGGCUGGACGACCUUAGGCAGCGCCUCUCCAUCAUCCCCCAGGACCCGGUGCUCUUCCAGGGCACUGUGCGGCAGAACCUGGACCCCUUUGGCCGCUACUCCGAUGCCGACAUGCAGGACGCCCUCAGGCGCGCGCACCUCUCUCCUCCCACCUCUCAUUCCAACCACUCAGCACCACCAUCAUUCUCUCCUCCUGCCGCUCUUAGCAAUGGUGAAGCAGAUGCAGGAAACAAGAACAGCAACAGUGCAAGAGACCGGAAUGGGGGUGUUUAUGAUUCGAUUACGCUGCUCAGGGAAACCCCGUCUCAGGUUGAAUCAGCUCCCACCACAAGGUUGCGCCCAGUGACUCUUGAUAUGGACGUGUCUGAAAACGGGGAGAAUUUCAGUGUGGGGCAGAGGCAGCUGCUGUGUCUCGCGCGUGCCUUGCUGCGGCAGUCCCGAGUGGUGGUGCUGGAUGAAGCAACCGCAGCCGUUGAUGGGGAGACCGACGCUCUAGUUCAAGCCACAGUGCGCGAGCAGUUCGGUGCUGCAGGCAUGCGCGCUACUGUGCUGACUAUAGCGCAUCGUAUCGACACAGUUAUUGAUGCUGACAGGGUGCUGGUGCUUGCGCCUGGAGGUAGGGUUGCAGAGUUUGACACCCCAGCAAAUUUGUUGCGCCAGGGGUUGGACGAGCGCGGUGUUAGAAGGGGAAAAGGGGGUUCGGUAUUUGCCAGUAUGGUGGAAAAUGCCGGGCCUGUGGUGGCAGCUAAGCUGUAUGAGGCAGCCAUGGAUGCAAAGAGGAGGCACAAACAAAAUUGA